AUGGCUCGUUCAACAUUCAUACUCGGACUUGGGUCAAUUAUCCUAGGUCAACUCACGACUUCGACUUCAGCUCAAGUUGUGACUGAUGUAGUAUCAGUUACGGAUACAUCAACAAUAACUUCUUGCGCGGAUACUGUGACAAACUGCCCAGCAAGAGAAACUGCUACUAGCGCUGCAGCUGUUUUCACAUCUCAAGUAUACAUCCCCAGCGUGGCGUCGGAUAUCGCCUCCGAAACGUUUAUUCCCAGCGUAGCGUCGGAUAUUGCAUCCGAAACGUCUAUUCCCAGCGUCGAAUCGGACGUCACAUCUGCAGCAUCAAGCUGGGUAGCAUCUUCAACUUCAGCAGCAGCCGCAGCAGAUCCAUUGACAGUUACCGUUACAGUAACCGGAGACUGUGGAGUAUCUUCUAGCUCGGAAGUUUCUAGUCCAAGUUCAACAAAUGAUAUGUUGUGGCCCUCAGCAUCAACAUCAGCUGCCGCAACCACACAAUCAGGUAUAGCCUCAUCCACUCUCGCAUGGACUUCAGCAGCAUCAGACUUAGCCAGCAGCGCAGCAUGGGGGACCGGUAUGCAAUCCUCCACAAAAAACACAUGGGGAACCGGCGUCACAUCCGCCAUAGUCCCAACAUACGCCUCUGAGACCCCAGCCUCAUCUCUCACAACCUACUCCUACUCCACCGUCGUAACCAAAACCAGCGGCUCCACAACAUGGACCACUACUACUGCAUGGGUAACCGUCUCUACAUGCGACGCCACUACCAGCGGCUCCGGCUCCAGAUAUGCAACAGGUACAGGUACAGGUACCGGCUAUGGAAGCGGGACAGGGAGCAUCAUUGCUCCCUAUGCAAACUCAACCAAAACAGAUACUUCAGCAAUAGGUUCAUCCACCCUAACAAGCACCGACGACCCAUCACUAACAGCGAGCACCGCGAGCGACGCUUCAGAAAGCACUUCCGAAUCCACACUCCUUAUUAAUCCCCCUUCGAGUACGAGUGCGAAUACUGGAGUAGCUACCACGGGGAUUAAUUCCACGACGGGGGCGCAACAAACUACUCUUUCGGGGGAUGCGAUGCAUUUACAUAUUUCUUGUGUUAUGUUGGGGAUUGUGUUUUUGACGAAUUGGUUUUUGUUUUGA